ACCUCUUCAUUUCUCUUACUUUGUUAGCCUUUGGCUUGCUUACUACUAUUUCCUCAUGGCUGCACCAAAUGAUGUCCAAAUUUCAAUUCCUAAAAAUGACAUUGAGGAACAAGGAUUCAAGGAUUUUGACUACUCUCAAAGGGCACAAUGGCUCCGAGCCGCGGUGUUGGGAGCCAAUGAUGGAUUGGUUACCAUUGCUUCAUUGAUGAUAGGCAUUGGAGCUGUUAAUGAAGACGCAAGAGCCAUGGUCCUAACCGGCUUUGCAGGGCUGGUUGCCGGAGCUUGUAGCAUGGCAAUAGGGGAGUUUGUCUCAGUAUACUCUCAGCUGGAGAUUGAGGUGGCUCAAAUGAAGAGAGAGAAGAGAGUGGGAGAGAGAGGAGAGAAGGAAGAGGAGAGAGAGAAGGAACAGCUGCCAAAUCCAAUGCAGGCAGCUAUGGCAUCAGCCCUAGCCUUUUCACUAGGGGCCAUGGUGCCAUUACUUGCAGCUGCAUUUAUAGUAGACCAUAAGGUGAGGCUUGGUGUGGUGGUUGGUGCAGUGAGCUUGGCAUUGGUAGUGUUUGGAUGGGUUGGAGCUGUUUUGGGGGGAACUCAUGUGGUGAGGUCUUGUGCUAGGGUUUUGGUUGGAGGGUGGAUGGCCAUGGCUAUCACUUUUGGACUCACCAAGUUGAUUGGCUCUAGUGGAAUGCAAUUGUGAUUGUCAAUUUUUAAUCCCUUUCUUUUCCUUUCCUCUUUAUGCACCCAAAAAAAAAAAAAAAAAAAAAAAAAAGCAACUUAUGCAACAUGAAUAUGGCAAAUUAUAAUUUAUGAGAAAAUUUUCAUGAUCCACAACAUGAAAAAACCUUUUGUUAUAUACAAGAUUUGUGCAAUUAUGCAAAUCUGUCACAAUCAGUCUUAUUAUAAAUAUUGU